AUGCACACAUUGACCUCUAGGAGAAGGGUAAAUUUGGGUGUCAGCGGUGGUCAGGCAAAGUAUGAUAACUCACUGGCGAGAACAGAGGCCAAACGAAGGAGUGGGAUAACAUGGAACCACAAUGUGACUACAACCAUUCUGGACAGCCUGAGGAUAUCGGAUAUAGUCGCAAUCAGCCGUACUUGUUGGUGCAUGAGAGUGUUGGCCCAUGAGGUGGUUCAGGGAAGAUUGAUGCGGCUGUUGGGACCAUUCACAAGGGAUCAUUUGUCGAGUUUCCUCUCAGCCCUGAAGGAUGCUGGAGGUGUGAUAACAGGUUCUACUGUACAGGCCAUGGUGAAAUAUGACGAGGACUACAUUAGAAGGGAUCUCAACAUCAUUGUCCCAUACAAAGCAUUUGACUCCUUACAUGGAGCUCUGGAGGACAUGUUGGGAUUUACUCUCAUCUCAAGUGUGCCUCAUCCAGCCCUGGCACCUAGGAUCAGCAGAUUUUGCAGAUAUGCCUGGCAUGAGCGAAUCAUUACAGUGUCUGCAUCACAUGAAGGGAAGAGUGUUCUGCAUAUCAUUAUCAAUGCCCCAAUGACCACAGAUAUGCUGUUCAUGACCACCGGAGGUGUAUGUUACUUCUAUCCCCAAUGGUUUGAAGCCGGGUUGGCGAUCCAAAGCUGCACUGGAAAUUUAGUCCCAGAAACUGCAAAAUUGGGGUGUGCUGGUGAACUGAUUGAUGAGUUUGAGGUGGAGACAGGGACGGCCUGUGGGAAUCUGUGUCCUACAUACUGGCAUCAUGUCAAGGAGAAACACCUGCAGUCAUCCAUCAAUUGGAAUGCAGAAGAUUCCGUGACCAACAUGUUCCACAAUGUCAACAUUGAAUGGCAGUUGAACAUGGUGUACACAAAUCAAAAAUGUUCACAUCAUGUAGAGGUAAUGUCUCAGAACUUCAAAGGUGUUGGUGCUUGCAACUUGAUGCGGCGCCACCUUCGUCGCACAUUCAGUAGAGUGCCCGGGUCCAAUGUGACCAUGGAUGAAAAGUAUACAUUGUACUUUGAAAGAUGUCAGCCUUCGAUGCAGCCAAGCUACCUCCUCAGAAGAAUGGGUAGCAUGAGCGGCAGUUGCAAAACACUUCAUGGGAGUGUGGUAGUUGUCAAGCAAACACGAGACACUCCAAAUGCCAUCAUGGAUAUGACAAAACAGGACCAGCUCAUGGCCAAUUUCCUGAUAUCAAGACAUCAGAUACACGAAAGACAGCAAGGCUCCUUCGAUGAACUUUCAAGAAGAUCGAUCGUGUCUCUCACUUUAGAUGGCAUGGACACUUUGUUCGAUCGACCCGUGAAUACCACCCAGACCAACACCAGUAUGAGUGGAUAUGCCACAAUUACAUGGAGCUAA